UGUUCUUCGGUUUUGCUGCUGUUUCUGCUUUUAUAAAUCUCGUUUUUAUUAUUUUUUUCCGACCAAAAACACGUUAACUAUUGAGUUUGUUUGACCAUGUCUUGUACUUCUGCAACUGCUGUAGCAUCAGCCUACAUUUCCAGGCCCAACUGGCCCGGCAGUCUCACCGGCAUACCCAUCUGGAGAAGCCCUUCUCUCAGACCGCCGCCGCCAUCUUCUCUCUGUGACUUCUCCUUCAAGAUCCCAUGUGGGUCUUUCAGGCGGAGCUCCGUCCUCACAGGAUUCAGAAGUACGUCCCCCGUCGUUAUGCAAUGGCAGGACUGCACAGUAAAGCUGGAAAUUGAUGUGCCUAUUUCAGUUGCCUAUGAUUGUUACUCUGACCGUGAGGCGAUUCCCCGUUGGAUGCCAUUUAUUUCAACCGUGAAGAUAUUGGAAGACAAACCUGACUUAUCGCGAUGGUCACUGAAGUAUAAAGCUUUUGGUCGUGAUAUUGAAUUAUCAUGGCUUGCUCGGAAUAUGCAGCCUACACCAAAUCAGAAAAUCCACUGGAGAUCUUUGGAAGGUCUUCCUAACAGAGGUGCUGUUCGGUUCUAUCCAAAAGGUCCUUCAUCAUGCUUAGUAGAACUAACGGUGUCAUAUGAAGUUCCGCCGAUUCUGUCUCCAGUAGCAUCGGCGCUUCAACCAUUUCUCGAAAAUUUACUUGGACGUGGCUUGGAAAGGUUUGAAAUGUUUGCAAGAACCUACAAAGCAGACUCACCAGUUUGAUAUUUGAAAUGGAUAACCACUUAAACUUACCGAGUGAUUUUGCCACUGAAGCAAGAAAGUGAGCACAACAGAGAUUGUUUGGUAUACCAUUUGGGUCCAAUGAUCAGCUUCUGUGAGGCUGGCUUUUCCCUGUUUGUAAAUUACUUCCCAGAGAAAAAGAAUGAAGAAAUUAUCCAUAUUACACCAACUUUUUGCUUGAAUUGUUAAUCAAUCAAAUACUACUGUGCUCCCA